CAUCAAUUAUUCCUCGUAUGAAAAAUUUAGCCUUUAUUUGGGUUUGAUGCGAUGGUGCUGUGUUCUCCUAAAUGUGUUGUGAUAACUGAACCCCACGAUUCCAAUUCACGUGCCCGCGAUAAGAAAUAUCGUUAUCGCCAAUCGAAAAUAAUCCACGCCGCAUCAACAACCUCAAAACCACAACUUCACCACGCAAACGCCUGCGCUGAACCCAAGACCACCCACCCAAACAAUCCAACACCAGCCACUCAAUCCUGUCUAGCCAAUUCCCCUGAGACACCCUCACAACCAUCCCAAUCCGCCUCCGCGCGCACCAACCACCCUCAUCACCAACCAUGACCACCACUGCCCCCCAAACCCUCACCUUCCCCCGCCCAACCUUCGCAAAACUCGCCCCUCACUCCUACCUCCUCGCGCACCUCAACACCCCCUCCCCCACCCGCGCCAACGCCCGCCUCCCCACCUCCCCGCGCCCCCCGCACACCCACAAAGGCUCCCUCACCCACGCCAACGGCAGCGCCGUGAUCCGCAUAGGCGACACGACUGCCGUCUGCGGCGUCCGCGGCGAGGUGGUGUUGGCUGAUGCUGUGGGGUACUCUGAGACGCGCCUCGCUGGCGGUGCUGCUCCUGCUACUGUUACUACGUCCGGGACGCGCCAUAAGGGGGGCAUGAAGAGCACAGCGCAGGAACUGGAUUUGCUCGUCCCGAAUAUUGAGCUUGCGACGGGGUGCGCGCCGGAGUUUUUGCCGGGGAUGCCACCGAGUAAGAUGGCGCAGGAGCUGGUAGCGCGCGUGUAUGCGCUGUUACAUGCUAGUGCGUUGGUGGGGGAUGAGUGUCUGAAGAUCUGGGGACCGGUUGUGGAUGGGGAGGAGGAGGAGGAUGAGGAGGGAGAGAAGGAGGAGGGGAGCGAGGUUAAGGCGUUUUGGGUGCUGUAUAUUGAUAUCCUCUUCAUCUCGCUGGAUGGGAAUGCGUUUGAGGCUGCGUGGGCGGCGGUGCUGGGGGCGUUGCAGGAUGUGUAUUUACCCGCUGCGAGAUGGGCGGAGGAUCGGCAGGCUGUGGUGUGUUCGGAUGAAGUGAGCGAGGCGAAGAGGUUGGAGUUGAGGGGGUUGCCUGUUGCGGUUGGGUUUGCGGUUUUCAGGGCGAAGGAGGGGCAGGGGAAAAGGGGGGAGUUCUGGGUGUUGGUUGAUCCGGAUAUGUUUGAGGAGGGGUUGUGUGAGGAGACUGUUACGGUGUUGUUGGAUUGUGCUAGUGGGGAGACGAGGUUGAUUGGGGUUGAGAAGGUUGGAGGGGCGGUGCUAGGGAGGGAGCAGAUGGGGAGUUUGAUAAAGCUGGCGGAGAAGAGAUGGGUGGAGUGGAAGAAUGUGUUGAAGGGUUGAGGGGCCAAGUAGAGUCAGUUCUCUGUUUGUGGGAUAGGAGGCAUGAGAAACCUGCACUGACGCCCAGCGCUCCAGUCUGAGGUAGCGGCCUGGCCGAUGGGGGUGGGUUGUUCAGGAGGUCUAGAGAGCCACAGUCACGUUGCCUGGUCGGUUUUCCGGUGCAAGUGUAGGAUGGGACUGUUCGGCUUUAUGUACUACCCUAUGGUUCUAGGAUGCCACUAGGCAUAUGUACAAGCAUAGUUGGAAGACUUAGGAGCCUCGAGUAUCACCAGGACUAUCUCGUGGUCUGUAUAGAAAGGAAAAUAUCACUGCAAGUACACUGUCAAUGAACUGGUUGGAUAAUAC